AUGGAUUUCACUGCAGUCAUUGAUAAUGCCAAACGAUUUGCCGGUAGAAAGAAAGGUGGUGAUGACGAUUCGUAUGAUGAUCGACUUGUAGAUCGACUUCAUAAUCGUUAUACAGUUGCCGCAUUAGUUUGUUUUUGUUUAGCUAUUUCGACAUAUCAAUAUGCUGGUGACCCAUUACAAUGUUGGGUACCUGCUCAAUUUACUGGAAAUUAUGAAGCAUAUACAAAUCGAUUAUGUUAUUUACAGAAUACAUAUCAUGUAGCAAAACAUCAAUCCAUUCCACAAGAUUAUAAUUUACGACGUGAACGAACAUUAAAAUACUAUCAAUGGAUUAAUUUUGUUCUUUUACUACAAGCACUUUUCUUUAGUUUACCACGUAUAAUAUGGCAAUCGUUUAAUGAUAAAUUUGGUUUAUCACUUCGAAAUCUUGUUGAUGCAGCUAAUAAAUACGAAUCAUUAGAUGUUGAUAAAGAACGUGGUGCAGUUGUGCAAUAUAUUGCUGACAGUCUACAACGUUAUGAAGAAUAUGUAAAUCCCCACAAGCAUGAUAAAUCAUCUUUAUUUCAUCGUAUAAAUCGACAAUGUCGUUUAUUUUGUCAAGGUCGUACGGGCGUUUCACUUGUUUACUUUUAUUUUUUUAUAAAAUUUCUUUACAUCAUCAAUUUAAUAUUUCAAAUUGUAUUUCUACAAUAUUUUCUUAGUUAUCAUGAUGUUUAUUAUCUUCAAUAUGGUUUAAAUGUCUUAGGUACAUUAAUAUCUGGUUUUUCAUUACCAGAAAGUAAAUUAUUUCCACGAAUUACAUUAUGUGAUUUUCAAAUACGUGAAUUAGGUGAACGUCAUCAUUAUACAGUUGAAUGUAUACUUAUUAUUAAUAUAUUUAUUGAAAAAAUGUAUUUUAUUCUUUGGAUAUGGUUUUGGAUAUUAUUAUUAAUAACAAUAAUGGAUACAAUACGUUUUAUUUAUCGAAUAUUUUUUCGUCAUUCACGUAAUGUUUUUGUUGUACAACAUUUAGAAUUAAUUAUUAAAACUCAUAAAACAAGAGAAAUACAAUUUCGUCAUUUUCUACGAUAUUUUCCUAUUGAUAAUCUAUUUGCUCUAUGGAUUAUAGGAGCUAAUUCGAAUACAAUUAUUGUUGCUGAAAUUCUUGAUGACUUAUUUUAUCGUAAAUUACAUGAUGGAUCUGGUGUAUAA